UUUCCAAAAAAAAAUUCUUUUCUCAUAAGUCUUCAACUUAAUUUUUCGAUUUUGUUCAUUAAAUUAGUGCAUUGACAGAAAUUUUGAAACAAGCAAAAUGUCAUCUUUUUUCGAAAAAAUAAUUCUAUUCCUUACGAUUCUCUGUACAUUUUCAGUGAUAAAAUGCUGGAAUGAUAGAGAAGAACACAAACAGCUUUCGAAAUUGAUUCAAUCAUUCAACCAAUCAUUGAACAUUCAAAACAAAUUAAAAGAAAUGAAUAAAACCUAUUAUGAUAUUGUUGAAACAAAUGAUAUGGAUUUACUUGGUAGACCCGAACCAGAUUUGAAGCCAAUCGUUGAUUCUUUUCUAAAAGAACUUCGCGAGAUUCAACCAAAAUUGGAAGAUUUUUUCAAACGAUUUCAUUGGCUGAAUGAAAAAAUGAUGCUAAAAUCAAUUAUUCGAAAAUUUAAUUGUCUAGAAUAUGAAAAUGAAAUUAUUGCAUUGAAUGAAACUAUUACGAUGGUAAUUGAUCAGCUAAUGCCAUAUCAAAUACAGAAUUUAGCUCUUCCUUCAAGUCGAUUUGAUUCAAAAUUAUUGAACAAAAAAUUGUUCGAGUUCAGGAAGGAAUAUCCAUCGUACGGGGAUAUGACAACGAUCAAAAAAGAAAUCGAUUUUCUUGAUCAAGAAAUUAAAAAUUUUCUCAAUAACCAAACUAAAAGACCACAAUUAAUCGAAUCUUUUCAAAAGGCAUUGCAACAUUCUAAACUUAUUAAUCAAAGAUUGGAUGAAAUUCGUCAGGAGACAUUUGAAACAGCUCGGAUACAUUCACAACAUAUUCCAGUCAUUCUAGAUUAUAAUCUUGUUUAUUCCAGUCAAAUGCACCUAAGAGUAUGGAACAUGUGUCAAAUGUAUAUUGAUAGAAUUAAGAUUGGUGCAGAUCUUUCUAGUGCAUCUCAAACUAUUCGAUUGGAAAAUAUUUCAAUGAUUGCCAUUAUUUUGAUGAUCAUCAUUAAUCUUUGGUUUCGAUAACCUAUAUUGGUGUCGAUCGUUCAAUUUUU